AUGUCCACUCGACCAACGACUCCCGCAUCUCCCAAAAAUGCCAAAAUCAAAUCCCCUUCGCCGGGAUGCCCGGUAUUCGGCUGCGAGCAUGUUCAGCGUCUCCUGUCCCAGAGCCAAGAGGUCAUGAAUAGCUCUGUAGCGCACUACAAGAUGAUCCUCCGAGGCAUCUUCGAUACGAGUCCCAUCGUUCCUCAAACAUCAACAAACACGGAAGGCCGCCCCGUCACUUCCCUUACCUCCAACUACCUGUGUCUACAAUGCCCAGUUACGGUGUCCGAAGACGAUCGGCUGGAUCACGGCACCGAGAAACUGCAUCGAUUCUACGUCGACUCUCGCAGCGGUGCACUUUAUUGUCAGAUAUGCGAUGACCUCGUUUGGGACCCCACGCUGGAGGAGCUCAGGGUGCGAAAGAUUGGAACCGGGACGUUCUCGACGAAUCGAAAACGAAAGCACGACGAACUUUUUGCCGACUCGGCCAAGGAGGAUCCUCGCCUCAUCUCAGCCAACACAACCGUCGCAUCGUGUCGAGCUAGUGGCCUUCGCGGCAUCUACAACGCAGGUGCAACUUGCUAUCAGAAUGUCGUGCUCCAGAGCUUCCUCCACAACCCCCUCCUGCGCAACUUCUAUCUGAGCGAUGGCCACCAGAGCAGCGAAUGCAGCAUCUCUCACUGCUUGAGCUGUGCCAUGGACGACAUGUUCCAGGACUUUUACGCGCUGGAAAGUACCAAUGGCUACACAGCCGCCAAUAUCUUGUCCGGGUUUUGGAUUUCAGAAAAGAAGGCCUUUGAGAAUCUCGUGACGACCAAGGAGCAGGACGCCCAUGAGUUUUUCCAAUUUUUGGCCGAGGAACUUCACGAAAGGAACGGCGAUGGGAAGAAGCCGCAGGGUGGCAGCGAGCAUACGUGCAACUGCAUCAUCCACCAAACAUUUUACGGCAAAAUGCAAACAGUCACAACCUGCCAGAACUGCGGCGGCAUGACCCAUGCGGUCCAAUCUUUCCUGGAUCUCAGUCUAGGUGUUGACACGCUGGCGCAGAGACGAGCUAAGAAGACGGGUCAGAAGCUGCCGGCACUGUCACUGAACGAUUGUUUGGACGAGGAAUACGUCAAGUCGGAUAAAUGCGAGUAUAGGUGCCACAACUGCGCAUCAACACAGCAAGCACGGAGGUAUACCAAUAUUAAGCGUCUGCCCAACGUAUUAUCUAUCCAACUCAAGAGAUUCGAGUUCAAACAGGGAAAACAUGACCGAGCUGCGUCCAAGAUUGAUAACACCGUUCAAUUCCCGCUGCAGCUCAACAUGCUUCCCUACACCAACCGUGCUCGCAGCCGUGGCAGUCGGGAGGAUAUGGAACUGGAGAGGUCGUGUACCUAUGACCUCUUGAGCGUUGUUGUUCACGUUGGCGAGAUAGAGACUGGCCACUACGUGUCAUAUUGUCGAGUUGGGGAUCAGUGGUUCAAGUUCAACGACCACAGAGUAGAGCUAGCCCGGACGUCUGAUGUGCUUGGCGCCCAGGCAUAUCUAUUGUUCUAUAUCAUCCGGUCUCUCGCCUAG